GAUUCAGGAGACCAGAUUCCGGAAGUGGAGACAGUCUUGGAGAGGCGGAUACGUCAUCUCUCAGAGACGACGGUGUGCGGGCUGCAUAAUGCCAGAGUUGGGCAGCGUGUGUGUGAGGGAUUCCGGGGGCACGGUGUUGCCGGGAGGGUUCUGGUCGGCGGUGUCGGUGUGGCUGGAGAAGGCGCAGGUGUUGAAUAAGAGGCUAUGCGGCUCUUCUAUAGAGCAGAGCUGUGAUCUGCGGGGGCCCCAGGAGGGGGAGGGGACUCUACGGGAGCUGCUUCCCCUAUUGGACGGGCUCAGCGGCUGUGAAGGAGAUGAGGAGGUGCUGAGAGCCAUCAGAGCCAAUGAGGAGGCGGGAGAGGGCAGAGUCCUCCUUCUGAGGAGCCUCAUCCCCAAAUCCAACCCCCAUUACUGCUCCACGGUGCCCCGGAGAGAGCUUGUCAUCAAAGAUACCUCCAGCAGAGUGGUGACAUUUAUACCACUGGAAGAGCCAAGCCAGGGACAUAUUCAGGUCAAGAAAAACAACAUUUAUCAAAUCCGUCUUGCACAUGUCGCGGAUGAUGAAUGGUCCCUCUCCCUCAUUACUCUCUAUUCAGAAGGCUGGGACUCUGAUGGCGUUGUAUACCCUAAAAUCUCCUGGAUGAAAAAUGAGCUGCUGUCAAAGCUUGCAAAGUGGUCCACAGAGGACAGGAGAAGCGACUUUAAGAACACCCUAUCUCUCAUUGCUGUGGAUAAAUAUAGCAAGCUGUAUCAGAGCCUGAAGGAGAAAUACAAAGAUAUGGUGAAGGUCUGGCCUGAAGUGACGGACCCUGAAAAGUUUGUGUAUGAGGAUGUCGCCAUAGCAACCUACCUAUUAAUUUUAUGGGAAGAGGAACGAUUAUUGAACAAUCUACAAAAGAAGCAAUCUUUUAUCGACUUGGGAUGUGGGAAUGGACUCUUGGUUCAUAUUUUAAGCAAUGAAGAGCACCCGGGUCGAGGCAUUGAUGUCCGAAAAAGGAAAAUCUGGGAUAUGUAUGGACCACAAACUAUUUUAGAGGAGCAUGCCAUCACCCCAAGCGAUGAGCAUGUAUUUCCGGAUGCAGACUGGAUAAUAGGCAACCAUUCUGAUGAGCUGACACCAUGGCUCCCUGUCAUUGCAGCCAGGUCCUCCUACUCUUGUCGCUACUUUGUACUACCCUGCUGCUUCUUCAACUUCUAUGGCAAAUUCAAUAGGAAAUCCAGUAAGAAGACCCAGUAUAGAGAAUACCUGGAUUUUGUCAUUGAUAUUGGAACUCAGUGUGGCUUUAAUGUGGAGGAAGAUUGUCUGAGAAUUCCAUCAACCAAGAGGGUUUGCCUUAUUGGAAAAUCAAGAACGUACCUGCCAGAGGAGGAAGACCAAAUUGACAAGGAGAGGACUCGAUACAUAGCCAGUCAUUCUAAUGAUACAUCAGGCUCCAGAGAAGAUCCGGUGCACUGUGAUCACUCUACAAAUGGAGAAGAAAGCUCAGAUGUUUCCCCAGAUGAUCCAGGGACCGGACACAAGAACUGGCUGCCAUCAUUCCGGCCUAGGGACAAAGUAGAACAGAUUAGGAACUGUGCUUUACUUCCCAGAGACUUCAUUGAUAAAGUAGUUCUGCAGGUUGCACAGCUAUUACUUCAUCAGAACGCAGAGGGGAACCCCAAUGAUACUGGAACACAAGGGACAUGGAACAGAGGCAGAUGUCUACCAAUACGGGAAGUAGCUGAAGUCCUGGACAAGGAGACUUUACAGAGACUGAAGAAUGAAUGUGGAGGCCUACAGACUCUACUCAGAAACAACCACCAAGUCUUUGAAGUUCUGAAUUCCAGGGUUUCUAUACGCGACUGGAGCCAAGAUGAGAAAGCUCCGUCAAACAAAAUCAAAGCAGAAGCCAAAAAAAGACUGUUACCCGACGUUUUAAAAACAAGACUUUGCUGGUUUUAUGUAAACCACCCGAAUGGCUGCCCUCGUGCCGCCGCCAAGUGUCCUUACGCACAUGGGCCUGAGGAGCUGCGGCCAAGUACACUUCCUGAGAGGAAAAAACUCAGAUCCCAUGAAUCCCAUUAAGAAGCAAUAAACAUAGCAAGUUGUUUUCACCCAUUA